UUUCGACAGCACUUUGCACUUCAAAACUACACAUUACAAUACCCGUAUGCAGUGCACGAACGAGUGCCGGCGGGCGUAUGCUAUGUUAUUGUGGUCAUGUGUCCCGCCGCCAUCAUCUGCUUCUGGACACUGGUCAUCGACGGUCUCUUCGGACACUCACAGCCCACGGAUAGCGAAGGCACAGGCAGAAGAAUAGGUCGCUACAGACUUGUAGACAGACUAUGGGAACUCAAUUGCGGCAUCUUGGGCCUGGCCUUGUCAGAAGGCACCGCUUUCGUCAUUACAGGUGCACUCAAGAACACCGUCGGCAAGCCACGUCCCGAUCUUAUCGAUAGGUGUCAGCCGAUGGCUGGUUCAGUGGAUCCUUCUCCAUAUGGUCUCUCGAACUCGACGAUAUGUACACAAACGGACAUGAGCAUCCUCAGAGAUGGCUUCAGAAGCUUCCCUUCAGGACACUCGAGCAGCUCAUUUGCUGGACUCUUCUACCUGUCACUGUACCUGGCAGCCAAGCUCCACAUCUGGGACUCCAGAGGUGAAGUAUGGAAAAUCUUUGUUGUCAUCAUCCCAUCUCUAGGCGCCGCUUUGAUUGCAGCUAGCAGAAUCAUGGACGCGAGGCAUCACCCCUUCGAUGUGAUAACUGGUAGUCUGCUUGGCAUAGCAUGUGCUUGGCUAUCCUAUCGUCAAUAUUUCCCUCCCGUCAGUGAGACCUGGCGCAAAGGCCGCGCAUACCCCAUCAGGACCUGGGGACAGGAAACGGCACCACCG